AUGAGCUAUGUAUUUCGUUUUCGUGAAGCCGCUCGUAAAGUUCCAAAUAGAACCGAAUAUCAUACGAUAUCCCUUUCUCAUGAAAGUAUCAAGUCUACAAAAACAAAAAUUAUCCAAUUAACUCAAAAACAGUAUUUUGGAGGUGAAUAUUUUGCCCUCGUUCAAGUAACAAAAGUACACUCAAAAAGUAAAAUUUUAUCACUUAGCCCGUUUCUUGACUCCAACCAGGUAAUACGUUCUCAAGGUAGACUUGCAUGCUCAACUUUAUCAUACAAUGAAAAAUUUCCUGUCAUUGUUCCCUAUAAAUCUUAUUUGUCACAUCUUAUUUUGUCUUAUAUUCAUCAUUUGUCGUUACAUGUUGAAAUCCAGUUGAUGACCCGUUUGGUGCGUUCCGAGUAUUGGAUACCCAAACUAUCAAAACUGAUCAAAGACUUUAUUCGAAAGUGUAAACCUUGUGUUUUAUACAAAAAAUCUGUCCAGGCUCAAUUUAUGGGUGCCUUACCGGCAGAAAGAACAGUUUUAAGCUUACCAUUCACCAACACUGGCAUUGACUUUGCUGGUCCAUUCACAAUUCAAAACUUCUACGGAAGAAAAUGUCGUCUAGAAAAGAGCUACGCAUAUCUCUUUGUCUGCUUUGCCACAAAGGGUAUUCACUUGGAAGCAGUCAGCGAUUUAUCCGCUGCUGCAUUCUUGGCCGCUUUUACACGCUUUGUUUCCCGUCGUGGACUGCCGGCAACAGCGUUUUCCGAUAACGGAACAAAUUUUGUAGGGGCAUCUAAGUUGCUUAUUUCAGAUCUUCAGAAAGCUGUUCAAAGUUAUCCUGCUGACUCAGCACCCAAUUUUUCAAAAAUCACUUGGAAAUUUAUUCCUCCUGGCUCCCCACACAUGGGUGGUUUGUGGGAGGCAGGGAUGAAAAGUUUCAAAACUCACUUCAAAAAAAUAGCAGGCAACGCAAAAUAUACCUUCGAAGAAUUUUCGACCCUACUUACUCGAAUCGAGGCAUGCCUCAACUCUAGACCUUUAACUCGAAUGUCUGAUAAUCCUGAAGACCUACUUCCAUUAACUCCAGGGCACUUUUUACAGGGUGGUCCUCUACUUAGUCCCCCUGAGCCUUGUGAAUCUCAAAAGAACAUUUCCUUUAUGCGAAGAUGGAACACUCUCAAAGUUAUUCAUCAUAAAUUUAGUUUGCGUUGGAAGGAAGAGUAUUUAAAAGGGCUCAUGAAUCGCUAUAAAUGGAAAUAUCCUCAAAGGGAUAUCGCAGUGAAUUAUCUAGUCGUUUUAAGAAAUGAGCAGCUUCCACCGAAUGAGUGGCGGCUUGGUAGAGUCUUAAAGGUCUACCGUGGUCCCGAUGAUAGAGUACGCGUUGUUGAUGUUAAAAUCCAAAAAGGGGUUGUUACUCGUUCUGUCGUCAAACUGUGUAUUUUGCCUUCGGACUGA